AUGGCAAAGAAGAAUAAGAAAGAUAAGGAGGCCAAAAAGGCUCGUGCCGAGCUCAAGAUGAAGAAAAGUCAAGGUAAGGCUGAGUUGAAGGACAAGAAAAAGUCCAAGAAGCUUGGAACUGAAGAAGAAGAGGAUGUUGAUAUUGAAGAAAUUUUAGCAAACUUCAAGCGUGAACAGGAACUCUUCGAGAAAAUUGUCGUUGAAACUGUUGAAAAACCAUCAAAAAGAAUUAGCCCAUGCAUAAUCGCGAAUCCAAUCCACGGUAAAAACGAAUUGGUCUUAUUUGGUGGAGAAAACACAGACCAGGAAACUUCAAUGACACAUUUUUAUAAUGAUAUGCUUACAUAUAAUCCCGAUAACGACCAGUGGAAGAGAAUUAGUUCCCAGAAUUCCCCAAUGCCUAGAUCGUCAGCGGCCAUGGGAGCUCAUCCAAGUGGUGUUGCAAUUCUACACGGUGGCGAGUUUUCCUCUCCAAAACAAAAUACCUUUUACCAUUACUCGGACACUUGGUUACUAGAUUGUUCGACCAAGGAAUGGACGAAGAUCGAACAAAAGAAUGGACCCUCUGCACGUUCCGGUCAUAGAAUGACGGUUUGGAAGAACUUUCUGAUAUUGCACGGGGGAUUUAGAGACCUAGGUACAUCCACGACCUAUUUGAAUGAUUGUUGGUUGUUUGACAUCACCACUUACAAGUGGAAACAAGUCGAAUUCCCAAAGAAUCACACUAUCCCAGAUGCAAGAUCAGGACAUUCGUUGAUUCCAGAUUCAGAAGGUGCUAUACUUUGGGGAGGUUAUUGUAAAGUUAAAGCUGGCAAAGGGUUACAAAAAGGUAAAGUUCUGAGUGAUUGCUGGUAUUUGAAAAUGAAUAAUGAUGCAAGUGCUAUUAGAUGGGAGAGAAGGAAAAAGCAAGGUUUCCAACCGUCGCCAAGAGUUGGUUGCUCUAUGGUUCAUCAUAAAGGGAGAGGUGUACUUUUUGGAGGAGUGUAUGAUUUUGAAGAAACAGAGGAAAGUUUAGAUUCUGAGUUUUAUAAUGACGUUUUCACCUAUCAGGCCAAUACCAAUAGAUGGUAUUCCUUGUCUUUAAGGCCACAAAGAAAAAAGGUGGUGAAGACCUCCAAUAAGAGCACAAAAGACCAGGAAAAGGAGCUGGAGGAAUUACUCAAUAAUAUACUGAAGAAGGCAAAACUUUAUGAUCAGGAGGAGGAUGCUACGGAUAAUCACUCGAAUAAAGAAAGCAGUAACAGUGAAAAUUGCAACGAGGAUGAGAGUGAUGAUUCAGAUGUAGAUACAACACCUUCAUACCCGGUUUCAAAUCAAUUACCCCAUGUAAGAUUCAAUUCUGCAACGGUUGUCGUCAACGAUACCUUAUUCAUUUUUGGCGGUGUUUGGGAAUACGGGGAAAAAGACUACUCUAUAGAUUCAUUCUACAGCAUUGAUCUCAACAAAGCCGAUGGAGUCACUGUUUAUUGGGAGAACAUGAACGUUAUCGAGAAAGCCAAGCAACAGGACGGCAGCGAAAGCUCAGAAGAAGAAGAAGAAGAGGAUGACGACGAUGACGACGAAGAAGAGCCUGUCGAUAAAAAAUUGAUCGCCGAAGAAGAUGAUGAGGAAGUAGAAGACGAAAUUGAAGAGGUGGAUCAGGAUGAAAUACCUGAUCCCCGCCCUUGGCUCCCACAUCCCAAAGCGUUCGAAACGCUGCGCUCUUUUUACAUUCGCACAGGUGCAGACUUUUUGCAGUGGGCUAUUUCCAACAACAAAGAUGCUAAAGGUAAACAUUUGAAGAAAAAAGCUUUCGACCUUUGUGAAGAUCGUUGGUGGGAGAGAAGAGAUCAAAUUCGUCUCGAAGAAGACAAGCUGGAAGAACUCGGCGCUGUAGAGGGCAUUGUAGAAAGAGAUAAUACCAAGAUGUCAAAAAGAAGAUAG